ACGAACAAUCAGCCAUCGAACAGAAGUGAUCUCGGCCCCGUCUCGUCUCGUUCCAGUUUCCCGAUAUACUGCUUCGCCUGUCUCUCCCACGUCUGUCAAAUCAUUGCUGCCUUUCCUGCUCGCCCAAGUCCACGACUACACAGACUUAUUUGCCAACACUCUUCGAACUCAAACCCAACCCUAGCAUCCCGUCGUGUCUCGCACCGUCGACAACGUACAUACACCCCCUGUCUCUUCUGCUUCUUCAAACGCCCCCCUUCCGAAGCCUGGUGUAAGUCCAAACGUCUCAUAGCUUUGAACGCCUCGCCCACUUGUCCCCAGUCCCAACUCGCAUCUGUUUGCACACCACCUGCAAACCCUUACAGCCCAAAAGAUGACAGAUGUGGUCUCUACGCCUCGGCCACGGCGGUCAACCUCUUCCUCCGGUGGCAUCUCUGCCCAUUCGGCCAUGGAACGAAAAGCAAGCCAGGAGACGGACGAGGGACCAGACUCAGUAGGCUCUGCUGGCAGUCGCGCAAGCAGAAAGCGCGUUGCGUCCAUCGAUAUUGAGGAAGUGAAUACCUCCAAAGUGAGGAAUCUCAGCUUGGAGACCAGACCGAUGAGCGGCCAGGGCGGCAGGAACAGCAUCUGUCUCUGCACACCAGGACUCAAGAUCCCAAGGCCUCGCAACCCCUUCAUAUUGUAUAGGCAACACCAUCAGGCUGAUGUCACCAGGGAAUUCCCAGGUCUUUCCAACCCAGAGAUAUCCAAGAUCAUAGGACGGCGGUGGAGAACACAAGACUCGCGAGAGAAGGAAACCUGGAGGCAGCUGGGAGAAGAGGAGAAGAGACGCCACGCAAAAGAAUACCCGGGUUACCGCUAUCAGCCUCGUCGUGGUAGAUCUGGCAGUCAUUCAGGAUCGUCGGCCUCGACUGAUCCAGGCCGGUGCCCCAACUGCGGUGGCAGAUUCAUCGCAGCGCCGAGAACGCCGUCAACACCAGCAGGCACACCGACAGCCGCAAAACCGAAGAUGCAGCCGCAUCACCCGAGCGAGGCUCGCGGCGGGGAUAGCGAUCACCUUCGACGUGCUUUACCUGGAGCAAAACAGCCUUACCAACACCAACAUAACAACUUGCGGGAAGUGGAAGAAGAAUACGAACCAAUGUCGCCAUCUCCCGAGCUCAAACGACGCCGAUUCAACCCCCCCACGGGAUAUUACCAGGCAGUCCCUUCACCCGGACCAUACACAGGCCAUCCUCUAUCGAGGCAGCCUAGAUCGUCGGUGAGUAUGCCUCCCACGCCGCCGGUCGCCGGCUACGGGCCUUUACCCGGUCCAUCAUCACUCGUGAGGCCCGGGUAUAGCAAUAUGGCACCCCCUCCUCCACGACCGCCCCAUCCGGCGAACGCAGGGCCAAGCCGCGGCCCGGGUUACGAUGAGAGUCUUCGACUGGCACCUCUCCAGACCCAGUCGUCUCCGCCACUCAACAGAGACAACGAUACAAACGACCGCCCGAGUGUACACCCAAUGACUGGCAUGGGCAUCGCAAACCCGAGGGAUAGAUAUGCUCAAAGCCUUGAGGCCAUGAUCAUGACGAUUCCUUUCUGGAGCAAGCUGAAGGUCCUGCAAAAGAUUAGUCCGACUUUGGCUCCGCCGGGACCGACCAGCCCUGAUAUCGAGAUCCGCGGCGCAGUCGUUGCCGUUGAGGGGGCUGAUCCUCGACAGCUGGAGCAGGUGGGAACGGCAGUGCACCGGUCUCUCCUUGGAUUGAGCGAGAUCGAUCUGAAAACGUGGAGCGAGGGACCGAGUACGCCGUUGUCUGUCCUGUCGGCCGAAGACGACACAAGGAUGAACGACACGGCCUCUGCUGGCGGCGGCAGCAGCAGCAGCAGGAAGAGCAGCCAUUCGCAGCCCAACCUACACGCCUCGGAGCUGUUCUCUAACUAUAUGGAGAGCAUCCUGAAGUGGCAUGUGAAGUCGCGAGAGAUCAUCAAGCAUGUAUCCACCAAGCCGGCUUUCGCACCGGACCCGCCUCCGCUUACGAGACGGGCAUCGGAGGGGGAGGCUGUCGGGUCCCGACACAGCUCGAUAUCGGCACCCAGCAAAACGCCAGUCGCCCUCCUCCCCGCAGGAUUCAGCUUGACCCUCUCAGACAAGUACGCUUGCACAUUACCCAUCUAUGAUUGCUAUGCCCCGAUCGACCAUUGGCAAUGGGUAUCGACCUUGUGGAGGGGAAUCAUUGGACCGGACCUUGUCAUCUACGUCAAGUCAGUGACUGAGGAGGAAAUCACUCACGCAGGUGCAGUCGAGUUUCGAGGACCGGGUGUGAUGAUUGUCAGGGUUGCGCAUAAUAAGUCCUUGGACGAGAAGACUGAGCGACGCAUCUCUUUUGAGUUGGUUGAGUGGAUUCGAGGAGGCAGCUACCAGGAAGGGUUCGGGCGAGGUUGAGGUGGUUACAAAAGCGGACUUAAUAAUGUGAUGAUUUGAGCGGUACGCGGCGGUGGAUUUCCUUCUUUUUGGAUCGAGACACACUAUCGAUUUUUCCUGACAUAGCGUAGGCGUAAAUAGGAAAACCAAAAUACGGAGUAAACGUAUUGAGUCGAUUAUUGAAAAGCAUCCUCGAGUGAGACUGUGAGAGUGCAUCCGAACUUCCUGAAUAGGUCAAAUGAUAUUUCCCUGCGUUGCGUCGAGAGCUAAUAUGCUGCGCACUGACAGCUUCAUCGAAAAUUGCAUUUCAUGAGCGUUCCGCUGAAGGGAAUGAGACAAUGUCGCUGUGUGUUCU